UUGUUGCGCCGGAAGCGGCGGCGGGGCGGGAUGGCGGCGGGGGGCGCUGAGUGAGGGAGUGUGUGUGUGUGUGUGAUUGUGAUUGUGUGCCGCUGUGUGAGUACAGCCGAGUGCCGCCGAGUGCCGCCAUGGCGGAGCUGGCAGCGGCGGAGUUGCCGCGGGGCCGCACUCCCAGCCCUGGUCCCGGGGCGGUGCCCGGUCCCGGUCCGCCCAGCCCACGUUCUGCCGCUCCGGGUUUCUCCGGUUCCGCGCCGGGUGCGGGUCCCGCCGCCGCGUCCAAGUGGGUCAGGCUGAACGUGGGGGGCACCUGCUUCCUGACCACCCGGCAGACGCUCUGCAGGGACCCCAAGUCCUUCCUGUGCCGCCUCUGCUGCCAGGAUGGGCCCGAGCUCAGCUCCGACAAGGAUGAGACAGGAGCGUAUCUCAUCGAUAGAGACCCCACAUAUUUUGGUCCAAUACUGAACUACCUCCGACAUGGGAAGCUUAUAAUAAACAAGGAGCUCGCAGAAGAAGGGGUACUUGAAGAAGCGGAGUUUUACAACAUUGCGUCGCUUGUGCGGCUGGUGAAGGAGCGGAUACGGGAUAAUGAGAACAGAACCUCUCAAGGACCUGUGAAGCAUGUUUACAGAGUCCUGCAGUGUCAAGAGGAGGAGCUGACACAGAUGGUUUCCACCAUGUCUGAUGGGUGGAAGUUUGAACAGCUGAUCAGCAUUGGAUCUUCAUAUAACUAUGGAAAUGAAGACCAGGCAGAAUUCCUCUGUGUUGUGUCUAGGGAACUCAACAAUUCUACCAAUGGCAUCGUCAAAGAGCCCAGCGAGAAGGCAAAGAUUCUUCAAGAACGAGGAUCUCGGAUGUAAUUUGAGCGUCCACUCCUCUAGAACUCCAGAUGUCAAAAGGGCAAUCUAGCUGGGCAGAGCAUCUCUCCACAGUGCAAACUUGCCCCUGUACAGUAACCAAGCUAAUGCAAAGCCAAGCCUGUCCUGCCAAUUAUGAGUAAUUCUAGUCCUAACCAAAGGCUUUCCUCCUGUUCUGGAGAACAAGAAAGGAGAAAACUCUUCCAGGUGGAUAGUCCAUUCCACAAGUAUUUAUUUUUUGGCCAGUACUGUACUGAAUUUUUCCUACAACAGCUGCACUGGGUUCCCAGUUGGAUUAUUUGCAGUGGUUGCUCAGGUCCACUCAGCCUUGUGGUCAGUCCUACCUAAUGCAGGCUGCCAUGGGUGGGAAGAUGUGUGUGACCCGUGCCACUUCUUGCACCUAUGUCUACAAGCACCAGAAUAGCGCAGAGACCUUGCAGUGCUCCCUCCUGAUCAGCCGGUCCCCCACAGAUCAGAACAGGGCUUUAAAAGGAGGGACAAAGAAACUACUUGUAAAAAACAAACUUUUUCAUUCUUGCUUUAUAUCUGUUCCUUAUACAGUUCCUAAGAGCUGAGCUUAGAUACUAAGGGGAACAGAGUUACGUGGACAUCUAACAUGGGUUUUGCUGUUAACACUAUUACAUACGGGCUCCUGGAGAUUUCCAAAGCCCAUUGAUUCUCAUGCAUAAAAAUAGACCUGUGUUCACCCAGAGCAGUGACAGAGUAAUGGUUCUGUCCUGUACACUUCUCUAUUGAAGAAGGGUGGUGACAUCUUCCCCUUCAGUACCUUGCCAUGACCAUAUAUCUACAUGGUGCAAAAUCACAAGGUUAGGGACUCAUUCCUGCCAAGUUCAGCUUUGCCUUGUCUGCAGCAGCAUGGGCUCUGUCAGCUGCCUUUUCACCAAGGGAGGACUGCGGGCAGAAUUUCUUUUGUACUGUAGCAAGCAGGUAGGUUUGAUUUUACCCACAGGACUCUGCAGAGGAGAUCCACUAUUUACAUGCAGUGAUUUAACUGCAUCCUCCCUCAUGUCCCCAACCUUUAAAGAUCACCUCAAAUUACACAGGGGCAUCACAGAGUUGGGGGUGGGAGGGGGGUGUGUGAAAAGUUGCCAAACUGUUGUAAUAUAUUUUGUCCAAUGUGUCAACUUCUGUGACUUUUUUUUAAUGCCUUGGAUGGAUGUGCAAAAUGUUCGUUUGUGCCUCUUGAACUCUGAUCUUAGCCAAAUCGCAGUCACUGUUUCCUCUCUGUUAAGCUGUGCCAUCCCUAACCAAGGGCAUGUCCCUCCUAGUCUGGUAAAUGAAAUUUGUUAGGAAUUUG